GGUAGUGGUGAUUCAUAUCUAUUCAUCUUUGUUGCACUCAUUGACAAGCUGUUCCUUUCUAUUUAGUGAGAAGUUACAAGUUUUUCCCACUCAAUAGUUGUUAUAGCUGAUUAUUCUCUCUUUAGGAAUAUUGUUAUUAUGUCAAUGGCGUAAGCGAGAGUAGGGGUUACUACUGAUUUCUGAUGAUAUAAUCAUCAUCCUCUAAAGAGUAAAUUUUCUCAUGUGAUUUAUAUCUGUAAAUUUUUAUUUUGCAGAUAUUUGGUUUUAUAAACUUAUGUUAGUUAAUUUAAAAUUUAAAGUAUCAAAUAUUUUAAAGAGGUGCGUGCGUGUUUUUUUGGCACUAGUCCUAUUUAAUUAAGUACUUAAACAUAAUUUCGUUAUCUUUAUAAAAAAUUAUAUACAAUUUUUUUGUCGACGUUGUUAUAUUUCAAAUUCCUAAACCGAUGGAGACAAUGUUGUUUUUAAACAACAGCUAUUAAACAAAGAAUUAAAUACUAUGAUGUUACUAUCUUUGCUGUUUUCAUUUUUGGAUAUUAAUUUCGGUUGUCAUCUUUCAACCGAUAGUAAUUUAAAUUUGUGUAUUUUAUUAAUUUAAAUAGCUUAUAAAAAUUAUGGAUGAGGCCGAAUUGUCUACAGAUGAUACUCAACGGUCUACUGAUGAUUCAGCUGGUGGUUCAGUUGAUAAUGGUGCUGCUGCUGCUUAUAUGCUUAUGAAAAAAGGAAAGCGAGGUGCUGCAGCCUUAAUAGCAGCGGAGUGUGAGAAAUUAGAUAACGAAAUUUUGAAAAAAAUCAACAAUGAAGAAAAAGUACAAAAAGAUUUAGAUGUAUCUAUGGAUGAAACAAAAAGUUUUGAUGGUCCUACUUCCUGUCAGACUGAAGAAUUUUAUGAAGAAGAUUCUUAUAAUUCUUCAGAAUCAGACUCUGAAUCUGAUUCAGAUUUUGAUGCUAUGAGACAAUUAAGUCGUUGCCGAUUACUUGAUCAGCUGUUAGAUGUUCUAUUAAAUCCAUUAAAUGCCAUAAAUAAUGUUGGUGUGAGUGGUGGUGAACUAGAUUGGAUACGAUGGUUAAUGGCUGGUGGAAGAACUUUGGAUGAAUUUACCAGCUUAGUCAAACAAUAUGAUUAUGGUACAUGUUGUGGAUUGGUAUGGACAGCUAAUUAUGUGGCCUAUCGUUGUAGAACUUGUAGUAUCUCACCUUGCAUGUCAUUAUGUGCUGAUUGUUUUAAAGCUGGAGACCAUGCACAACAUGAUUUUAACAUGUUUCGUUCACAAGCUGGUGGUGCUUGUGAUUGCGGUGAUACAAGUGUUAUGAAAGCUGAUGGAUUUUGCCGAAAUCAUAGUAGUGGUAGUAGUCGAUCAAAAAAUUACAAAAAACCACCAACUGAUUUAUUGAGAGUAGCAGAACGCUUGAUGCCUAGAUUAUUAUUACGACUUGUUCAAUAUUUAAGAGAAAAUAGUGAUGCUAAUGGAGAUUUUGAUUUAAGUAAACAUGAAGGAGGAAUAUUAUCUGGUACAUCCACUGUUAUUGACCAUAAUCGACCUUUAAUAACAAUUGGAGGACCAGGCAUUACAACAACAAUGGGUCAUGCUUUACCUGUUGGUGGUCAAAUCCAACAACAUCAACAAGUACACCAACAACAGCAUUUUCAGCCUCAAUCUCAUCACUUACAGCAGAAUUUACAAAUGAACUCUAUUAAUAAAAAUUUAGAUGACCUGCAACCAUUUUUAAGUGUUUUACAUGAUCUAAGUGGACUUGGGGCUGCAAUGCGUAGAUUAAUGACUGUAACAUUAACUGAUGAAAGGAUUUACAAAUGGGCAUGCAAUUAUUAUUAUAAUAGUAAUUCAAAUGUACAAAGUUAUUCUAGUCAAACUGUACUUAAAGAAGAAGAACAAAGAAUACAACAGCCUUUUGCUUCUUUUUCAUCAACUGCUACUUCUACUGUGAAUACUAUGUACACCAUUUAUGCUGAUAGAGUGAGAGCUUUGUAUGCACAAGCAUUAAGGCAAUACAAUAUUGGUUUAGGAGGUACUCCUGAUCCACCUGGUCUUGAAAAUACUCCAACACUUGGUCACCAAUCGAUUCAAAAUUGGAAUCAUCAGAAUUAUAAAAAUAAUAGUACAAACAAUUCUAGCAAUAGUAGUCUUAGUAGCUCUAGUAAUUCUUCGGAAGAUGAAAGUAAUUGUGAGGUUUUAAGUGUACAAGAUGUUCAAAUGAGAAUGAAACCUAAAACUAGAAUACAACAAAAAAAGAAAAAAAUUAGGAAGAAGAAAUCUAAAUUAACAUCAAAUAAAAUUUCAACAAAGAAAAAUAAAUAUUUAUCACAUAGUACUUUUCUUCAAGAAAUAGUUUUUUGGACUGUACGUUAUGAAUUUCCCCAAAAAAUUGUAUGUUUCUUAUUAAACAUGCUGCCUGAUGCGACUUAUAAGAGAUGUUUAACAGAAGCAUUCACAUCUCAUUAUGGAUGUGUUGCAAAAGUACUUGCAACGACUCGUGAUUCUGAUACAUUAUCCAAUCAUAUAGUACACAUUAGUGUACAACUUUUUAGUAAUGAAUCAUUAGCUAAAAGGAUGGUGGUGCGACAUCGUCUUCUAAAAGUAAUGGUUAAGAGUUUACGUGGAAUGAUGAAUGCUAUACUCAUACCAUCUUCAUUGCAUGAUCCUACAAAAAAUAGACAUAAAGUAGUUGACUGUAGUAAACCAGUAAUGAAAGAACAUUGUUACUGGCCUUUAGUUAGUGAUCUGAAUAAUGUUCUUUCGCAUAGACCAAUUGCUGUUAGAUUUAUGCGAGAUGAUCGCUUACUUCGGUCAUGGUUUUCAUAUUUAUCAAUGUUUCAAGGAAUGAAUGUCAACUGCAGAGAAUUAGGUCAUCAUGUAGAAUUUGAACCUAACACGUAUUAUGCAGCAUUUAGUGCUGAGCUUGAAGCUAGCGCAUAUCCUAUGUGGGCUAUGUUAUCUCACUUAUCUUCAUCAUGUUCUAAAAUAUCAAACAAAACUAAUGAAAAUAUAGAUAAAUUGAAGUGUUUGUCUGAAGAUGCUGAAACUCUGAAAUUAUCAAAAAGAGUUAUUAAAGCUUGCUUAAAAAGAUUAUUGAAAUGGCUAAGAGAUGUCAAAGGGGAAAAGAGUGAUAUAAUUUGGGACAUGAAAAAUUAUAUAAAUGACACAUCCGAUCGCCAUCAAUUUACUUUUCAUCUUCCAUUACAUCGUUACUUAGCAGUAUUUCUUUGCCAAGCUAUACGAACAGCUUAUCAACAAAAAGAAGAUGAAUUAAAAAAAAAUAGAAAUGAGACAGAAUCACAAAAUCGUGUUAUUCAUGAGUUAUUACAUGAAUUAAUAGCUGAGGUUUAUCCAUUGAAUUCAAAUUUUAAUGCAAAGAUUGGAGAUUCAUUUAUGGAUACAUCACAUGAUUUACCAGCAUCUAAUUUUAGUCCUAAUUACUCUGAUGAUGUUACUUACAAUAAUAUGUUAGAUGAUAUACUUUUGAGCAUUGCACAACACCCUUUAAGAGCUCAAGCUGCCUUUUAUGAGAUAAUGACUCAAGGGGCUUGGGUUAGAAAUGGUCUACAAAUCAAAGGCCAGGCCAUGACAUAUGUUCAGUCAAAUUUUUGUAUUUCUAUGGUUGAUGCUGAUAUUUAUUUGUUACAAUUGUGCUUAUCAGAGGUGACCAAUGUUUCAUUAUUCAUGCGUCUAAUUUUAGACAAGUUUAAAGCAGACGAGUGGAUGAAACCAUGUGGAUCACUAGGUCUCCCUUCAAUGAUGAAAGGUCCUUCUGGUGGGACAGAGAAUGUCUGUGAUAAUGGAAAUGAUGGAUCAAUAGUUACAGGAAAUAGCAAUGAAAAUGAAUCUGGUAUAGAUUAUAACGGAUCAAUGAAUGACGUUACUCCAAGUUCUUUAGAGAGUUUACUAGUGUUUUUAGCGACUUUAGUGUCUGUUAGAACUAAUUUAUGUACGGAUGAAGAUUACAAUUACUGCCAAACCCAAUUAGAAAUGGUAACUUUACUUUGUGUAUCAGAUAAAACUCAUAGUCAACUUAUGGAACUUAUGCCUGAACGGUGUUGUGGUGGAGGAUCUACUAACACUGUAGGAAGUGGUUCUAUAAAUGCUGGAACUAGUUCAUCAGUUAAUCAAUCAACAAAUUCUUCUGAUCGUGAUUUUGAAACUGUUUUGAGAAUGGUUGCUGAAUAUAAAAAGCCACAAUAUGAACGAUCAUCUGGAACUAUGCAACAAGGUCUAUAUGUGCCUAAAGGAAGUAGUGGAAAAGUCAAAGAUGACAAGAGUUCUGAUGUUUGGCUAAAACUUUAUGAUCCAAUACAUGUAUUAUUAAGAGCUGUACAUCGCCGUGACUUUCAGUCUUCGAUGGAUCGUUAUACAGCAUUUGUGAGAUCUAGAGGCUUAUUAAAUAACCGAAAUUUACAACUAAAUCAACCAAAUACUAGUUCUUCUUCCAGUACUUCUUCUUCAAGUAGUACUAUGCCUUGGCCACCUUACCGCAAUCCUAGGCAUCAUCAUCCUGCCUACCAAGAUCCAAGACGUUUACUUUUAGAGUCUCGUGCAUGGCAUGCAGUUGCAUGGCAUUCACUUUAUCGAGCUGCAAGAGGUAGUCGUGAUAUAAGUGAACAUACUCUAAGUUUAUUAGUUUUUCUUUUGGAUCAAUCAGUUGCUUUGUAUCAAGAAAGACAGGGAAAAGAAAAAUCAAAACAAUUAAAGAAAGUAGCAUUAUUGCAAACUCAAAACAUGACAAGUGAUAUAGUACAAAAUAUGUACAUUUCUCACGAAUUGAAAAGUUCUAGUUUAGAAUUAAAAACAAAACAGUAUGAUGAACCUAUGGAAACUGAUUCCCCGCCUCAAUCUCACCGAUUUCAGAUACAAGAAAAUUUUAUAGGAAAUGAUGAUAGCCUUAAUAUAAACUAUUAUAAUAAAAAAGAAGAAAUCCAGAGUAACAAUGAUGACAAUAUAUGUCCUAAAAGACGUAUUAAAAUUAAAAAUGUGUGUGAUAAUAUCUCUGAAUGUGAAACAAUAGAGCCACAGUCCCUAUUAGAAAGAUGGUAUCAAAGUGAUGAUUUAAGUUUAAACUUACGAACUAUAAUAACAUUUAUUGAUUUACCACCUAAAAAGAUUAUACCACCUCAUGAAUACUUGUCAAAAGAAAAUAUAGCUUUAAGUAUUGGUUCAAUGACAUCUGGAACUGGUAAUUUAUUGGAAUACCUUGGAGGUGCUUUAUCUAGUUCUGGUACCUUUUCAUCUAGAGAUCGACAACAAAACAUUAAUCAACAGCAGCAAGGUAGUAGUUCAAUAGUAGUGCCUUCAUUAGCUACUCUGGCCAGUGAUGAAAUAUCACCAUUACCUCCAACAUCAUCUUCAUCUACUUCAGCAACAGUAUCAUAUUCUAUUCUUCCUUCAACAAACAUUUUUAACUCUGCAAUAGCACCAUUUUAUAGCAAUAGCAACACCACAAUAAAUACUCUAACUACUACUUCUGUUAAUACAACAUCUAGUACUUCAAUGGCUGAUUCUGCACUCAACCGUGUUAAACAACACUUACAAUUUCUAAGCAAUAAUAGUUUAACUUCAAAUUCUGAAAAUCAAUCAUCACAAACAUCAGGCUCUAGAACUAAAAAUCCUUCAGCUUCUCAUUCAAAACAACAGACAAAUUACAAUGAUGAAAUAAGUAAUUCCAAUUCUAAUCUAUCAGGAUCUGCUGAAGAAGAGAAAAAUGAUAAAUCUCAUGAUAGUAAUAUGUCUCCUGGGGAAUCAGUUUCAAUAAAUGAGAGCAUUAUUUCUUUGUUGCUGAGAUUACACUCUCAGUUAUCAGGUCGUCCAGAUUCUUAUCAACCUCCAUCUUCACCUAUAAAAGAUUUCAGCCAACAAGAAGAUCAACCUGGUGAUGGAGCAUACUACAUUGGUAGACUUUUAGAUAGAAUUGCAUCAAUUGGAGGAGGGUCAUCUGGAUUUUCUUUGACCUAUGAGUGUGUUACACGUGCUCGUAAUGAAUUAUGGCCAAGAGCUGUUGUAGCCAGGGAAGCUGCUACUCGUGAUUUAGAAGAGCGUGAGAGGCGAGAACGUAAAAGAAGAGCUCAUGAUAAACAGCGUCGCAUGAUGGAAGAAAUGGCUAGAGCACAAAGAGCUUUUAUUGAAAAUGCUCGUCUUUCUGGUGAACUUGAACUUUCUACAUCAAUGCCAUCAACAUUACUUAGUGAUGAUCAACCCUCUCAGCCUAGACAAUCUAGUAGUAAUUCUUUUAGUAUGGACUAUGAUGAAGAAAUGUCAACAUCUAAUCGAACAACUAUGGUUACCAAUUCACCUGAAAAUCAAACAGAAGUAGAAAAUGUGUCUUCUAAUGCUACGCUAAAUCAACAAAAAAAUAAUUCUAAACAAAUUAUAACUGAAGUAGCUAAUGAAAGUAAAAACAUUAAUAUUGAAACUGAGAAACCUGGAAAAUAUGACAAUCUAAAUAGUUCUAUUUUUGAAACAACUGUUGAUUGUGUUAUUUGCAAUCAAACAGUAACUGUUAAUGAACAACAAAAACAAGAUCCAGUUGGUCUAGUAAUUCUUGUUCAAGGUACAAAUGUUUUAGCACAUAGACGUAGAAAAAGGAAAAGAGAACAAGGUACUUUAUCUUCAUCAAUAAAUAAUAGUAGGGUUAGCAGUGGAAAGUGUAGACGUAGAUGUGGAGAUCAAGGAUGUGGACAAGCUGCAGGAGCUGCUGCUGUAGAUAUAUUACAACAUGGUGAAGAUGUUAUGAUGGUAGAACCUGAAGAAGAAGAUUCGGAAGAUUAUUCAGAUUGGCCUGGUUUACCUCCUUCACCAUCUAAGCACCAUCAAUUUUUACUUCUGCAAACUCAAGAUUCCAAUAAUCCUCAUGAAAGUAUAACAGAAGGAAUUAUUGAUAAUUCUGCUAGUACCUAUGGAGCCUAUGUGGAUAGAAGACGACAGCUACUAAACCAGCAUUUUAGGAAUUUAGACAUCACAGUAUCAAAUUUACAAUCUGGUGGUAGGAUAACUUUUGGAGGAGUUCAUGUGCAAACAUGUGGUCAUUACUUACAUCUUAGAUGUUGGCGUUCAUAUUUGGCAUCAUUGCGUGGUGCUCAACGCUAUGCAUCAGAUAGGGGAGAAUAUAGCUGUCCACUUUGUCGUCAACUGGCUAAUUCUGUACUACCUUUAACCUUUGAGAACCGGAUCACUCCAGUACAACCAAAGCAACAAUCAACUCAUUCCGUUAUGUAUCAAAAUGUAGAUGCCAUUAAUCAAUUAGUACAACUUUUACAAAGUCAUUUAACCAAGAGUAGAUACCUCAUUAAAAAUCCUCCCCAGCCAUUGACUAGUGGCAGUAUAUUAUCUUCUCGAAUUAUGGGUGUAUUAUCAGAGUCUCCAUUAUCUUCACUUGUAGAGGAUCAUAACAAUAGUAUAGAAAGUAGUCGUGUUAAUGAGUUCAAUUACUACUCAAUAGUAGUAAAUUCAAUGGAACAAAAUCAUUUAACUGAUGCAAUAAAUAGAUGUGUAGAUGAUAUGAUAAUAAGUGGCAAUAAUGGUAUCAAUAGUGCUAUAUCUGUAACACUAUAUCCUAGCAAUCCUACCAAUAUCACAUGGCAUAGUGUUGUUUUGAUUGCGUGGACAAAUAUUCAGGUAGAAUUGAUACAAAGAGACAAUACACUACUACCAUCAAAAUUUGCUUCUAAUUUACAUCAUCAGAGUAGUAGUAAAAUUACUGAAAGUUUUUAUCAUUAUUAUGACAUGUUACCUAAACGAAGUUGCACUGCUUCAUUAUUAAGAGUGUUAAAUGCAAGAUCUCGCAGUUGUUUAGUAAAUGAUCAAGAUGAUGUAUUGUUAGAAAUUUGGUCACAAUUAAUGGGGCAAGAAUAUGUUCCUAGUUGUUCUACAGUAAUAACUAAUACCCAAGAAGUAUCAGAUAUCCGACAAAAGCAAUUGCCAUUAUUAUUGCGUGAUCCAAGUACUGUUCUUUUACAGUUAAUACUUCUUUUGCCGACUUCAAUUGAAUAUGAAUUAUUUGAUACUCUGGUUAAAUUGAUUUAUAACAUGCAGUUAUAUGCUACUGCUCUUAAAGUAGCUGUUUCUUCAUCGCUAUAUAACAAUUACAAAGAAAUAAGCUCCUGUGAUUCUAGUCAUAAUACUGCUAUUAGUAUACAAAAUUCAAGUCAAAAUAAAUUAUCAUUUAGUCGUGCUGUAUGUUUAGCUAAAAAUUUAGUACUACAUCAAAGUGACAUCGAAGAUGACAUAAUCAGUGAGGCUAAUGAAUUUCUUUUUGAAAGUCAGUGUGAUUCAAUCAAUAAAAGUACAUGGUCAUGUGAUGAUGAUUUUGAAUCAUAUGCUAGACAAUGUAGCUUACCAUUUUUACGAUUUGCUACAUUAUUGCGCAGGCAUAUAUAUGGUGGAAAUGAUGAUCAAUUAUUAGCUAAUUUGUCAAUACAAGAGAUAGAAGACUUGCAAAAUAAAAAAACCUAUACGAAACAGUUUUCUAGGGAUGAUUAUGAAUUUCAGAUGUUAGUUAGACAUUUAGAUUUAGUCAAAAGUGUUAACAAAACUAUGUCUAUAGCAAUGGAGGCAUGUAAUUGGCCAGUUGAAUAUCAAAAUGAUAACAAUAUACCUAUUAAAUGGUUGUCUAAUGUGAGACAAUCAUUGAAAAAAAUUGCUAUUACAACAAAUAGUGAUGAUGAUGAUGAACCACUUUUGAUGAUGACUGCUAGGCAACUAUUGGGUGUUGAUGAUGAUGAUACUGACAGCAUAGUUUCUAAUACUGGUGUAACUGUAAUAAAUUGGACAGGUCCCCGUCUAUUAAAGCUACCACAUUUGUAUGAUGAUGUUUUCCAAUAUUAUCAUGGACGUCCAUGUCAUCGUUGCCAUGGUGUGCCCAGAGAAACAAGCGUAUGCUUGGUCUGUGGUACGGUAGUGUGUUUAAAAGAAAAUUGUUGCAAGACUGAAAACGUUUGCGAAGCAGUUCAGCAUUCAAUUGAAUGUGGUGGUGGAACAGCUAUGUUUUUGGUAGUCACAUCAAGUUCAGUUGUUGUUAUCAGAGGCAAAAGAGCGUGCCUUUGGGGAUCUGUGUAUUUGGAUGCUUUUGGUGAAGAAGAUCGUGAACUUAAACGUGGAAAACCAUUAUAUUUAAGUGCUGAAAGAUACAGACUUUUAGAAAGACAGUGGUUAGCACAUAGGUUUGACCACACCAAUAAAAAAUGGGUAUGGCACAGAGAACAAUUGUAAUUCUAUUUCUGAGAUUUUAAUAAAUUAAUUAAUUAUUAUUAAUCAAGCGGUCAACACAUUUACCAAAAUAUUUACCAUAAAAAUAGUACUAAUUAGCUGUUUAUAA